AUGCCGCAGAGCUACUCGGCAAGCGUAUUCUUUACAAAUGACGAGCUGCGAGUCUGCGAGGGAUCCUCGCUCUAUACACUCACCUCGCAGCUGGAACAGCGUGUGCAGGACGACUACAGGCAGCUGCAUGUGCAGCUGCUGAGCCAGCAUCGCGAUCUCUUCCCUCUAGACCAAUUUACGAUGGAAGAUUACAAAUGGGCUCUUUGCUCAAUAUGGAGCCGUGCAAUGGACUUUGCAGUCUCAGAGACGACUUCGGUUCGGCUCGUGGCCCCUCUGGCAGACAUGCUAAACCAUUCUCUCGACGCAAAGCAGUGCCAUGCUUACGAUCCAAAGUCUGGAGACCUCUCCAUCCAUGCCGCGAGGGACUACCAAGUCGGAGAUCAGAUAUUCAUCUACUACGGCAGCGUGCCGAACAACCGACUUUUGCGUCUUUACGGCUUUGUUCUGCUGGAGAACCCCAACGACAGUUACGACCUCGUGCUCCAGACGAGCCCAAUGGCCCCCCUCUACGAGCAGAAGGAAAGGCUCUGGGCGCUGGCAGGGCUCGGCUCAACAUGCACCAUUUCCCUCACCGUGAAGGACCCACUUCCGAAUAGCGUGCUUCGAUACCUCCGAAUCCAGCGACUGGACGAAUCCAACAUCACAGACAUGACUCUGCAGCUGGUGAAUGGCACAGACGGCAAGGUCAGUGAUGGAAACGAGAUGCAGGUGCUGCAAUUUUUGGUCGAUUCGAUAGGCACCCUCCUAGAGAGCUUCGGUAUCCCGCUGGAAGAGCUCGAGGCAAAGCUCGCCGUGGAAGACUACCCCGCGGGGGGCAACGCUUGGGCAGCGGCACAGGUCAGUGCGGGCGAGCAGCGCAUCUUGACGCGGGCCAAAAAGACGGCCGAAGAUCUGCUGGAGGCGAUUUUUCGUCCACCAGCGACACAGUGCGCCAACUGCGGGAACAGGUCUGGUGCGUUGAUGUCGUGCGGCAGAUGCAAGGCCGUCAAGUACUGCAAGAGGGAGUGUCAGGUGGCGCACUUUAAAGACCACAGGGCUGCGUGCCGGACUCUUGCGGGAUCGAAAUGA